AUGAUUGAAAGAAAUGAAGAUGUUUCAAGAAAGCCUAACAAAUUAAAUAAACCAACUAAAAGACAACAACAUUCCAAUGAAAAUAACAAAAGGAGAUCGAAAUCUGCAGAUCAACAACCUACUCCUGUUAAAAAACUUAAGAAAACAGCAAAUGCAUGUGUAUCAUGUAGAAAUAAGCAUCUAAAAUGUCCUGGUGGGUCACCAUGUUCAAAAUGUGAAAAAAAAGGUAUAACUUGUGAGUACAGUGAACAAAAGAAGAAAAUAGUUACCUCUAUGAAAUAUCUAAUGGGUUUACAGGAUGAUAUCUUGGAAUUGAAAAGACAAAACAUUGAGUUGUUGCGACAAUUAGACGAGAUUAAAUCAAUGAAAAAUAUUGGUGAUUCUAAAAUGAUUGAGCAGAAAAAUAUUUUACAGCCUACAGAUGAUAACAAUUCUAAACCAACCGAAUCUAACGAAGAAAUUGCAUCUACUUUUGCUCAAAGAAGUGGGAGGUUGAUUAAUUCCACCUUGGAUCAGACAUAUUUUGUCGGGUCUUCCUCUAUGACCUUAUUCGGAUUGGAAAUUGAAUCCUUAAUAUCCAAAUAUUUAACAGAAAAGAUUGUAAAACCUUUACCGACAACAUCUGUAACUCCACCGCCGUUCCCAUCAGAAAGAAAUUUAUCACACUCUUCAUCAGAAGAUACUGCACAUUCUAAAUCAUUAUCUUUAAACAGUUCUGGUGAUAAUAUCAAUUCAAAUUCUACGGUACUCUAUCUCUCACCUUCUAAUAAAUUACAAAUUAUAAUUCAGCAACUUCGAUCAGACACAUUAUCUUUCUUGUUUAUAAUAAAAUUGCCUAUAAAUGAUGCAUCAGUAGUAACAACUUUACAUUUUCCAACAUAUGCUUAUUCACUUUUCCUAAUGGACACAUUUUUAACGUAUUUUGAUGGGUGUUUUUAUUUCUUCAAUGAGGGUAUGGAAAAACUUAGAUUGAAACAAUUAUAUGAACAGAUCGAUGGUUAUAAAGGUAUCAUGAACGGUGAUCCAAUUUUACAAACAAUAUGGUUUGUGAAAGUGUUUCUUAUUUUCGGAUUAGGGGAAUCCUAUUUAGGUACAAAAGAAUUACAAGAUAAAUUAAUGUCAAAGCGUGUAUUUAAUAAUAUUCAAAUGGAGGAUACGAAAUUACCUGGGAUGGAUUUUUUCAACCAAGCCUCCAAAUUGUUUCAUUACAUUGACUGCAAUGCUAGUAUUGAAUGUAGUGUGAAGGAGGGGAGUAUAGAAACUUUACUCUUGUAUGCACUAUUUUUACAAGUGGCUGAUAGAACCAUUGCAUCCUAUUUUUAUUUUGGUCAAGCAUUACGGGCCUGUCUUUUAUUAGGGAUGCAUGUUGACUCUCAGAGUGAUACAUUGUCAGCUUGUCAAUUGGAACAUCAUAGGAGGUUAUGGUGGACAGUUUAUAUGUUCGAAAGAAUGUCAAGUAGUAAAGCUGGGUUACCUUUGGGAUUAACAGAUAACACUAUAUCCACAGAAUUACCUCAAGAUAUUAGAUUCGAUGAACCACAUUAUAGUUUUUAUAAAGCUGAACCUAUUAGAAAUUGCAUUAACAUUGUGAGGAUCAACGCUAAAAUUCUGAACCAAAUGUAUCAAAGACAACCAAACUCGAAUAUUCUACCUAUAAUCCAAAACAUCUUUAAACAACUUGUUCAAUGGAGAAAUCAAUUAUCAAUAUCAUCUCAAGUUGAUUUUAGUAAAGAUGAUGAGAGUUUCGAAAUUAGCCGUGUUGCAGCCAAUUUGUUUACAGAAUACUUUCAAGGUAUAAAUUUAUUGGUUAGGCCAUUGCUAUUUCAUUUUACAUCAAUUCAAUUGAAAAGAUUUAAAAACAAUAAUACUUAUUUGAAUUUAGAGAGUUACUCUAAUACUAUUACUACUUUAUUGAAUUUUUCACUUCAGGCUUCUGUCAAUACAAUCAGAUGUCUUUGGUAUAUGUUAAAAUUGAAAUUGUUAGCCACAUUUGGGUAUAUGGAUCGUGAAUAUUUAUUUACAAGUUCAUGUACUUUGCUUUUAUUUAACACAGCAUUUGGUAUCCAUGAACAAACAUACAAAUAUUUAGACCAAGCUUUAACCAUUUUCACCUUAAUGCAAAAUGCAGGAAAUCAACCAGCAGAAUUAAGACGUGCACAAUUGUUAACUUUAAUGAUAAAUCUAGACUUCCAUGAUACAUUGCAUAGUUUAAUAUUGAAGCAUAGUAAGGAUGAUAUUAGUGUAUCCAGUAUGAACAGCAAUAAUAGCAGCUAUAGUGGCAUCAACUUAAAUAUUAUCCAACAUUCCAAAAAUGAAAAUAAUGAAAUUCCUAAUAGGUCAAAAGAUUUAAAGAGAUAUAAGAGAAAGGAAUCAAUUUAUGCGAUUUUGAAUGAUACAUCCGAAGAUGUUAAUUCUUUUUCCGAUACGAAUAAUAUGAUAUCUGGCACACAAUUAUCUGACCCUCAUCAUAACUAUAGUAAUACUAAUACUAACGGGAUAAAAGACAAUACAGGUUUAACAUCGUUAGAUUCAUUGUCUGAUAUGAUAAAUCUGACAUUACAACAAGCUUAUACAGCACCUCCAUUAACACAACUUGGUUCUGAAAUUAUUGCCAAAAAUGUCGAUCAACUGGAUCCACAUAAUACAGCACCAUUAAUGAGUUUAGAUGAAAUGUUAAAUGAUAUUACACAUGUCAGUUCAAGUGAUAAUCAACUAUGGAAGGAAAUUUCGGAUCAAGCUAUGUGGCUGGGUGAUACUAUGGAUCCAACAUCAGCAAUACAAACAGAUAUGUUUUAUAAAGAUAUGAUAUAUAAUAUGAAAUGA